AUGAUCUCAAACAAGUAAACACUAGUCUUCUAUAUGGAUUUAAUAAGUGAAAUCCCUUUUCACUCAUUUGGUACAUCAAAUAUUUCUAAAUUGCCUUUUAAAAAAUAUAACCAAAUUUUAUUGAAUCAAUCAUCAUCAUUAAGAGGAGGUGGAUGCUGUUCAACAAACUCAGUGAUGCCUGAAACAAGUAGAUUUAACUAAUUCCCAUAAAGUUUUGCAUCUAAUCUGAUCGUAGAAAAGGCUUCAUAGUUUAAUGAUAAAUACCAUUAAGAUGAUGUUCUUUGUGCAAUUAUAUGGUUUUAGAAUCACAAAGAACAUAUUUAAAAACUUUGUAAGAAUGAAACUUUAAAUUUAUAACACUAUGAUCUAAUUGAGCGUACUUUUGAGAGCUUAAUAAAGCAAUUAGUGAUAUACUUAAAAGUAUCUGGAUAUAUAUUUUAUACAUUACUUUAAAUAUGCAAUGAUUUACUUCGAGUUAUAUUUUAUUAUUAACAAAUAAAUGAAGAAAGAUAUAUGUAGGAAGUCCUAUAAUAAAAAUUAAAAGAAUAUAUUUCAGAAACUGAAGAAUAAAUAUCUGUUGAAUCAUAAAAAAUAUGGCUGACAGGAACUGAUUUUGAGCUUUAGAUGAUAAAAAUUGGUAUUGCACAUUUACGAACUAAUUCAGAAACAGGCACGAACUUAAUAAAAGCAGUAUUAUUUGGAAUAGCCUCUUCUAUAUCAUAAUUAAAACCUAGUGAAGAACUUCUAGAUGCUCUUAUGGAAGCUGGAAAAUAUCUAUUGCUUAAUUUUUACGACAAGUAAAUAAAGAAUCCUUUGAAAAUAUAUGAGCUUUAUUAUUUUUUUGAAAAUUUGAAAUGGUCAAUAAUUUUCUAAUUAAAAGAAGGCUAUUCAGUUAAACAAACAAUAAAUUAACUUACAGAUGGAUAUAAUAAAUAUAUAGGAGCUUCAUAAAAUUGGUUAAUUCAUUUUUGUUGGAUUAAUUUAAUCUCAGGUUUAAUGUCAUAUAGGCCAAUAAUUUAUCGAGCUGAAGUUGAAUAGAUGUUGAAUCAAAAACAUCAUAUUAGCUGGAAUUAAUUGAUUGUUUCUAAUUAAAUUGUUUUAAUGCCUUAUGAUAAGACUAAAGGAAAAGUAAAAUAUUCUGGGAGAGGGACAUUUAUUAUUCGAGAAUUUUAAAAUUUAAAAUUAUUUUAGGAGUACUUGUUAGAUGAACAAGUCAAUUCUAUAAAAUUAUUUUCAUAGUAUUUAAAUUUUGAUUUUAGUUCAUAAUAAAAAAGCUAAAUCAAUUUACAAGAUUUAACAAUUAGUUUAUUCACAAAUAUUGAUGAUUUGGAAAUUCUUUCUUCAUUACAAAUAGCCUUAUUAAAUUGCUACACAAAAAUCAAGGAAAAUUUGAAUUUGAUAGAUAAUUAAACUUCUAAAGAUGAAGUAAUCUCAAUGUAAAAUAAAACUGAAAUAAAAAUUUAUAAACAAGAUAUUCAAUAUCUUAUUAAUCAGUAAAAAGACUCAUUUUUGUAACUAUUAUAUAUAUUCUAUGAGAUAGAUAUUAUUAGAAUUAAGGAAACCGAAAUAAUCAAUAAUAUUGAAUAAAUUUUGAGAUCAAAUGAGAAGAAUCUAGGACUGUUAAAGGAUAAAACUUAUAUAGAAUAGAUGCCUAAUUUAAAUGAAAUAAGAGUUGAAGCUGAAAAUAGAUUUGUAAAGUAAUUGCAACAGCUACCCAAUUUAAUAGUUUAAUUUACUCAAAUUUUAAUCUCUUACGAGGAUAUAAUUUUAGAUGAAAAUAAUGUAAAAUAUGUUUAAAAGACAUAAUUAAAACAGACAUUGAUAAAGUAUCAGUAAGAAUUGGAAAUUUUUAUAUAAGUCAUUAAUAAUUUCUUAAUUAAUUUCAUUUGUAACAUAAAAAAAAUAAAAAACAAUAUCAAAUAAAUUAAUUCCUAAAUAUCCCUUACAAUUCCUUAAGAGUAGGUUUCACAAAAAGAUAUAUCAGAAUAAUUAAUUCAAUUUUAUAACUCUGCCUUAAUUAAAAAUUUAUCGAACUAAAUUCUUUAGGUUUAUUCUACUGAUUGGGUAGAGAAAUAUUGGGAAUUUAAUAAUCUUAACGAAUUUGGAAAAAAUAUUAAAAGAUGCAGUGAAAUUGCAUUAAUUUUUAAAUUUUACAAAAAAUUAUUAAGAAUUUAAUAACAAAAAAUAAAUGUGUUACAAUAUGAAGAUAAUAUUGCAAAAUAGUAUUUUAACAAUAAAAAUUAGCAUACUAAUUUGUUGGAAAACGAGAGCAUAGCUACAGAUUAAAUUAAAAGCUUAGUUCUUGAAAGAAAAGUUAUGAUACAAGAAUACUUUGAUAAAUAUCCUAAUUUAAUACUCAAUAAGUAAGAAAUAAAUGAAAUAAAUAUAAUAGAAGAUAAAAUUAGAGAAGAUAUAAUCUCAUUAUAAUAGAAGUAAUGGAAUCAAGAAUUAAAGUUAUAAAGUAUUAUGAUUUUAUAAGAAGCCUUAAACAAAUUAUCAUAAUUAGGAUUGAAUAAAGUCAAUAAAUCAACUUUAAAAGAAGAAAUAAAUUUAAAUUUUACUAACUCUCUUUCAAAUUUAAAUAAGAAAAUGUAUGGAGAUGAUCAAAAAGCUGAAUAGACAGAAUUGCUUCCAAAAAACACAAUUAAUGAUUUAGAUUCUUAAAUUUUCUUUAAUUUUGAAAGCUCUAUUACUUAAAUAAUCGCUGUGAUAAUAAAUACAAAAAGACUAAGAAGAAUCAUAUAAUAAAAUUAUAAUUUGUUUAAUUGGAGUUCUGAAAUUUGGGGGUCUGAAAAAAAGAUGAAUUUUAAUAAAGUAUUAAGAAUUUAAUAACUGAAUUACUUCAUAUUAUUUAGGACAGUUGUUUUUCUAUCUAAAAAGAAUAGCAAAUUGUUUUAAAUUAGGAUAAUAUUUAGCAUUUAUCAAAUCAAAAAUGUAUUGACAAAAUGA